UGGGCCAGCCGGCAGCCAGCGGAUCCAGGGAGAGGGAUGGGAUGGAGGGGCCAGGGCUCUGGGGGCGGCGGCUGCUGCUGCUUCUGCUGCUCUGUGUCCCAGGAUCCCAAGCUGCAGGCGGGGAGCAGGAGGAGGAGCAGAAGUGUCUAGUGGAAGGAGACAACCUGACCGUGAGCUGCCCUUACAACAUCAUGCAAUACGCCACCAGCCUGAAGGCCUGGCAGCGGGUGGGCAGCCGGGGCUCCCUGGAGACCCUGGUACGCACGGAGACUAGGAAAGAGGAUCACAACCGGGCCCAGGCUGGGAGGUACCUGCUGGAGGAUUACCCCACCCAGGCCAUCCUCAGGGUCACCAUGACAGAUCUCCGGAGGCAGGACGUGGGGCUGUACCAGUGUGUGAUCUACCUCUCCUCGCAACAAGUGGUUGUCCUGUAUCAUCGGAUUCGCCUAGUGCAGUGCCAAGGCCUGUGGAUGCCGGCCACUGUACUGGCAUGUGGCUUCAUCCUGAACAAGGGUCUGGUGUUCACAGUCCUAUUGAUCUUCCUCUGCAGAGGCCAGGCAGCCUCCUGAGCUGGCCUCUGCGCCUGGCAAUCUUGGAAAUCACACCCUCUCCCCGCCAGGAGCCGGGGCCCUUCCUUGCUCACAACGAUGCAUUCCACGCUCUGUUCCUUGGGAAAUAAAAACCUCCCUAAACUGUGCUGAGCUCCCGGCCCAGCCCCUCUCAGGUGAGAGGAGGCCCCUGGGCCGGCGGCAGAGACCAGGGCCACUGCCCUGGGCACUCUGCAGAGAGACCAGGAUUCCCCAGGGAUGAUUCAAAGGACCUCAUGCCUGGUCUCCUGCUGCUCCCGGACUCGCUCUGCUGGGGGUUCUGCGGCCUGUGGGUGAAGUCCACAUCAAAGUCCAUCAUUCUCUUGGUAGUU